UCGUUCAUACGCCGCCGUAAAACGACCAGUUUUUCCGGACCGGGGGGCGGGGUGACUCGCGCGUGUUCGUCGACGGACUCGUUAUCCCCCGACCGCGCUGUACCUCUAAUCACACGAAUGAGUACGUACCCGCCUAUUGAGCAAGUAGUCACGUAUAUAAGUUCAAUAAAUACAUAGCAUUUGAGUGCGUCGACCGUGUGUUUUCGGUAAUUUCGCGGAGGAGUGCGCGUCUCGACGAGAGGCGAAUAAAAGCAAAAACAAAAAAAAGCAAACGUCCUCGUCUCGUGAUCGCAAUACCGAUUUUCAAUAGCAAAACUUAUAAACUUGUAAUCGUGAUAACAUAGUACGUAUACGGGUGGUGCCUUCAGUAUGCGUCUACCGUUCUUGGACGAACAGUUAGCGGUGGUAGCCCUGCCUAGUCGGGAUCGGUAUUCUUGAGCCUCCUUGAGCGUUCAACCACGCCUCGGCUUGCAAGGUUGAGUGGAAAUCAAGUCUACCACAUACCUGCAAGUAUCAAUUCAACCCAAGUUUCUUACAAAUUGCGAAUCGUACUAAAUAAGCAUUGAAAAUGUUCGUUAUGAAAAAAAAUUUACAACGAAGUCUUUAGCAUCUCCACCAAGUACUUAAAAUUAGAAUCUCUAGCGGCGGCGGCGUGACAAAUGAUCAACAAAACGUCGGCGGCUGCGGCGAUCGAGGUGGCCACUGCGGCCGCAGACAGCUGCGGUACGGCCGGCAACAACGGGACCAUGACCGGUCCGGCCGCCAUGGUGACGGUGAUCGCGGUGAUCGCGGUGACCACGGCGCUGAUCGUGGUCACCGUGUUCGGCAACAUACUGGUCAUCAUGAGCGUGGUGCAGUACCCGCCGCUCCGGUCCGUGCCAAACAUAUUCAUCGUGUCGCUGGCCGUGGCCGACCUGACCGUGGCCAUCGGCGUGCUGCCGCUGAACGUCGUGUACAACGUGACGGGCGUUUGGCUGUUCGGCGGCGUCGUGUGCAAGCUGUGGCUGACGUGCGACGUGCUGUGCUGCACCGCGUCCAUACUGAAUCUGUGCGCCAUCGCGCUGGACAGGUACCGGGCCAUCACGCAGCCGAUAGCGUACGCGCAGAAGCGAACCGUUUCUCGGGUCAUGUGGACGGUGGCGCUGGUGUGGAUCGCCAGCGCGGUCAUCAGCUCGCCGCCGCUCAUCGGCUGGAACGACUGGCCGGACGUGUUCGACGAGAGCACGCCGUGCACGCUCACCACGCACCCCGGUUACGUGGUGUACUCGUCCAUGGGAUCGUUUUACAUACCGCUGGUGGUGAUGAGCAUCACGUACCUCAGAAUAUACGUGGCCACCAGGCGGCGGCUGAGGCGCCGGGCCAAGCAGGUAGCCGUGUCGCAGGACAGCCGGCCACAGCGGUCGGCGGUGUCCGCGGCGCUGCCGGCGACGGCCGGUUCGUCGUGCAAACGGAAGGACGCGGACGCCGACGGUGGCGGUGGCCACGCCAAGAUGACGGUGGACGCGGCAACCGCCGACUCGGCCAGCAGCAGCGACGAGGUGGACGCGGCCACCAACGGCACGGGCGCCAGCAGCGACAAGCAGCGGGCGGGGCGAGGCGCGUCGGUGGCGGUGCGGGCGGCGCCGUCGAUGGGCAAGCACGUCAACCAACUGCUGGAGCACAAGCAGCGCAUAUCGCUGUCCAAGGAACGCAAGGCGGCCAAGACGCUCGGCGUCAUCAUGGGGGUGUUCGUCGUCAGCUGGCUGCCGUUCUUCGUCAUCUACCUGUUCUUUCCGUUCUGCAAAUCGUGCUGUCCACCGUCCAAGGUGCUCGUCAACGUGGUCACGUGGCUCGGUUACCUGAACUCGACCGUCAACCCGAUCAUAUACACGCGGUGCAACAUGGACUUCCGGCGAUCGUUCAAGAAGAUAUUGCACAUGGACGGCCAACACCAACACCAACACCUACCACAACAGAACCACCACCGCUGAAUCAACGCACCGCGCCGGUCGAAUGACUGUGCUGCGAUACCGUGUCGCCUCCACCUGCCAACGAUUGCGUCCCCCGCCGACACCAUCAACCUCCACUGGUCUUGUAACGAUUAUAUUAUGAUAGUCUUUGGAUCUUUGACAGAAGUGUCCGGAAAUACUGUUUGUAACUCCGGGACGGUAAUCGGAAGUAUAACACCGGACACAGUUUGAUCGAUCCAUUGCUUUAUAAUAUUAUAUUACGCGAUACAAGUCGACGUGUAAAUAUAUUUUAUGUAUGUGGGUGUUUACGGAUGUAUUUAAUAAUGUUUUGUUAUCGGUUUUUAUAAAUUGUUUUGAUUUGUCGUCGUCGUACGUGACAAUGGCGAUACACCGACUCGUAUUUCCGAUGUACCUAUAUAACUAUGUAUACGAAGUAUUGACAUCCAGAUUGUUUUUGACGUAAAACACCUAGUGAAUUUUUGUAUAAUUUAGGUAUUUUUACUUUUGAGAUUCCAUUUUACAAAAUAUAAAUAUAGGUCAUAGUUGUACAUUUCGCUCAAAAAUUGUUUUCUCUUUUCGUCCGCGUUCCAGCGAUAUAACACUUCAAGGAUUGCGUAUUUUCUUAUUUUCACAUUAUAUUUUUUUUUAAAUAACAAAAUAUUUAAAGACGUUUAAAACCGUUAAAAUAAUGAAUGCCAUCAGAAAGCGUGAAGGUUGUAUGAAAGUUGAUACUUUUUUUUUUGUAGAAAUAUGAAAUAAUAAAUAUCAUAUGAUUAUAUUUUGAGUAACGAACAAUCGUGUAAGGAAAAAAUAUGAAACCCUUCGCCACAGAUAAUAAUGAAUUCUGCUGGAACUAUAAAUCGGCAACGAUUUUAUUUUGCAUUUGUAACUCUAAUGUUUUUUUUAUCAAACACAUAUUAAUAUAUUUUUCUUUGAGGUGAAAUUUGACUUGUUCCAUAUGAGUAUAACAUUUCGUGAAAGUUAAACUUAAUGAUGUACAACUUACGUUAAAUAUAUAUAGUUUUUGAAUUAUUACCUAAACGAUUCCAAAAAUAUUAAUUGUAGUUACGCGGACGAUAAAGGAAGCAUAAAAUGUAUCAUAUCUGGGCGAACAGUGUCUCGUCCCAAACAUCAAAUACCAUAAAUAUAAUAUUAUGAUGACUACAUAUAAAUUUAUAAUAAUAUUAUACUUUUCACCAAAACCAAACUGAAUUAAUGACCGGAAAUACACAGCGAUUGUGUUUUAUGCAGAAGUUUGGUAUGUCAUAUAUGAUAAAAAAAAAAAUCUAUUUAAUAUUAUGAAUUAUUUCGUGUAGAUUAAAAGCGAUUUCAAACCAAUAUUUACAUAGAAUUUUUAACCAGAUAAACAGCACUGUACCUAUGUCAUGUUGUUUAAAAUUGCCUUCGUCAUAUUUACAAAUACUAUUGUAUACCUAUUAUAAAAACAUAUUUAUAUCAGAAUACUAUGAGAUAUUUGUUGAAAAUAUAUAUCAUGCAAUAUGUAGUGAUCGACUAAAGAAAUGUUGAAAAAUAUAAUAAUAUAUUCAAUCUGUUCGUGAUAAAAAAUAAUAAGGUCAUCUGCACGAAAACAAACUUAUAUUUCUCUUCAUACUAGUAUACUACAAUAUACAAUACACAAUUGUUUUAUUAAUUUAUUUAUAAUUAUUCAACA